AUGGAUAUACCACCAAAACCAACUCUUAAGGCAAUUAAGAAAUUUAGAACUUUGGAUGAAAUAAAAUAUGCCAUGAAACAUGUUUUCCAAGAUGCUCAAUUAGGUUUAGCAGGACAUAGAAAAUUAGUGGUAAUUUUGAAAAAUGUAUUUAAAAAAGCCAUUGAAUUAAAUCAAAUUAAUUUCUUUGCCAUGUGUUUUACUAAAUUGUUAUCUAAAGUAUUACCUUUGAAAAGAGGAGUUUUGGCAGGUGAUAGAAUAGUCAAAUUUUGUUAUCUGUUUGUUAAUGGUCUUGUAAAAGAUGCCAAUGAAGAAAAACGUUCCAAAGAAGAAGAAAAAGAAGAAAAAGACAAAGACGAAGACAAAGAUACGAAUGAAAGUGAUAAAAAUGAAGAAGAUCAGGAAGAUCAAGAAGGAGAAGGAGAUCAAGAAACUCCAAUUUCGGAAUUCAUAUCAUAUUUGAUAAAAUAUUUAUUGAGUGGGAUAGAGGCUAAAGAUAAACUGGUUCGUUAUCGUGUUGUACAAACAUUAGCAUACUUGGUUGAAUUCUUGACCGAGAUACACGAGAAUAAUACAUUGGAAGCGUUAUAUACUUUAUUAAGUAAUAGGCUACAAGAUAAAGAGCUGUCGAUACGUAUUCAAGCUGUUGUGGCAUUAUCACAUUUUCAAUUAUUUGAAUUUAGUAUUGAAGGUGAUACUGGAGAAUUUGAGGAUGAAUUAAUAUCAAGUAACCAAAUUCAGAAUAAAUUGAUAAAUUCCAUUCAAAAUGAUGAUAGUCCAGAAGUCAGACGUGCAGCAUUAAUGAAUUUGGUUAAAACACAAGAUACAAUACCGAUUUUACUUGAACGAGCCAGAGAUUCCAAUUCUAUUAAUAGAAGAUUGGUUUAUUCUAAAAUAGCUCGUGAAUUAAUAACUGAUUUGGAUGAUCUUGAAUUUGAAGAUAGGGAAUUUUUAUUAAAAUGGGGGUUAAAUGAUCGUGAUGAAACUGUUAAAGCAGCCGCCACUAAAAUGCUUACCAUUUAUUGGUAUCAAUCUGUCAAUGAAGAUUUAUUAGAAUUAAUUGAUCAAUUAAAUGUCAAGAGUGCUAUAGCUGAACAGGCCAUAUUAGCAUUUUUUAAAAAUAAACCAGAAGUUCUUGAAACUAUUAAAAUUGAUGAAUCAUAUUGGAAAAAUCUAACUACAGAAAAGGCAUUCUUGAUGAGGACGUUUUAUCAAUAUUGUAAUGAGAAUCAAUUACAUGCUUUAAUGGAUGCCAAUUUCCCUGAAUUACUUGAUUUGUCAAUAACAUUAGAAAAGUAUUUGUCAGUGAGGUUGAAAACUAUAAAUGAAAAUGAAAAUUUAGUUAAGACAUGGGAAACUUAUAAUGCCAAGAUUGACGAAUUAGAUAAUCAAAUAUUUAGUCUUGAAAACCAGAUUUCCAGAAUAAAUACUGAUGCCGAUAAUUUCCGUAAAAGUUUAUCUAACAUUGAAGAAGAUAUUAUUGAAAUCAAUAUUGCUAAGGAUUUGUUCAAAAAGAGAAUUAAACAAUUGAAAAACAACAGUGGGAAUCUAGAAGAUUUGAUUACUGAAGAAAAUCAAGAGAUUGCUGAUCAAAUCAAGGAUUUCCUGAUGGAAGAUUUGCAACAACAAUUGGAAGAUAUCAAUAAAAAUCUUGAUGAAAUUGAACAUCAACCAGAAGAUAUAACGGCUAAAUUAGAAGAACUUCAAACAAAAUAUGAUUCUUGUAUUAGGGCGCUUGAAACCACUAGUGAAUUGAAAAUUCAGACUGUUCAAAUCUUUGAACAAGAACAUGAAAAUGAUUGUAUCCCCUUUGUAGAUGCUUUGAAAGAAUUAGAAUUCAUUAUUAAUCAAUUAUUAUUAAUUGUUAAAGAUUUUGAUUAUGGAGAUGAAAUGGCAAGAAGAAAAUUGUUACAUAUAAUAAGAAUGACAUUAACUGAAGAUAAAUUACCUGAUGGGUUAAUAUCAGUGGCACUUAGAGUAUUACGAGCACUUUCUAUAAAUGAAAAAGAUUUUGUUUCCAUGGCGGUAGAAAUAAUUACUGAUAUUCGUGAUUCUCGAGAUGAUGAAGAGUUCCAUUCUGCUGCCGCUACAUUUGAUGAUGAUGAUGAUGAUAUUUUGGGAAAUGGUGAUGAUGAAUCUCAACAAUCAUCAUCACUCAGUGCAGUAACAAAGAAGCGAAGAAUUGAACCAGAUAUGCCACCAGAUGAUAUUGUGUUAAGAUGUCUUACCAUGACACAAUAUGUAUUGGAAGUAAUUACUCAUAGUUUGGAUGAUCAUCUUUCAUUGAGUUCUAUUUACAGUGGUAUUGUCAAUUAUGCUAUUCAGAAUGAAUCGAAAAAGAAAUUAUAUCUUGCUGGGUUAACUUGUUUAGGACUUUAUUCUUUAAUUGAUUCCAAAAUUGCCAGAAUUGCAACUACAACAUUAUUACUGGCAAUGAGAAGUAAUGGUGAAGAAGUGAAAGAGAUUGGAAUGAAAGCUAUUGUGGAUAUAUUGGCAAUUUAUGGUAUGAGUAUUCUUGAUAAAUCAUCUAAAUACAAAUAUUCAAGAAUGUUUUUCAAAGUUUUAAAUUCAUUUGAUGCACCAAAAUUACAAUGCAUUGUCGCUGAAGGAUUAUGCAAAUUGUUUUUAGCCGAUAUUUUGUACAAGACUGACAAACGGAGUUUAUUUGGAAAUGCUAUUCAAGGUGGUGGUGGUGGUGGUGGUGGUGGUAAUGAUGAUCCAACUACCACCAAUGACGAUGAAACUGAAGAAGAAACAGAUCGAGAGCAUGAAAAGCAUUUAUUUGAAGCGAUUGUACUUAUUUAUUUCAACCCCAACACCAAAUCAAAUCAAGAAUUACAACAAAUUUUGUCAUUUUGUAUUCCAGUUUAUGCCUUUUCUCGUAUAAAUCAUCAAAUCAAUUUAGCUGCAGUUAGUGGUGAUGUUAUUUAUCGACUUUUCACUGAAACAGAAACAGAAUUAUCGCCAAGUGUUAUAAUCCCUCAAUUAAUAUCAUGGUGUGAUCCUCGAAAUUUAGUUAAAUUAUCGAAUGAGGAAAUAAAUCAAGCAACAUCACAUUUAUGGCAAUGUGUUUAUUUAUUACAAGUGGUUGAACAAGUAGAUGCUCGUAAUGUUAAAAGAUGCAUCAUUAACAAUUUGAAUAAAUUUCAUAUAACGGAAGAAUUAGAGUCAAAUCAAUUACAAGCUUUAAUUAAAGCUCUUGAUGCUACAGUUGAAUUAUUUACUAAUAAUGAAGAUAACCCUAAUUUUAUCUUGGAUAAACCAACAAAGAAGAAUUUUGAUAUUUUUAUUGAAUCAAUAAAGAAUAAAUUGGAAAUUGCUCAAAAAAGAGAAGAAAAUGAACUGAUUAAAAGUGGUACAAAUUCAAUAUUACAUGAAUUAGAUGAUUUAGAUAUUGGAACUGGAGAGAGUAGUCAAAUAUCUAUAAAAUCAGAAACAAAAAGAAGAGAUCUGGAUCGAUCUCUGCAAGUUAGUAAAACCACAUCACCAGAAACUUCAGAAAAUGAAGAUGAAGAGGAUGAUAAUGAGGAGGAGGAGCAAGAGAAGAAGAAAAGUUUUACUGAUGGAAAAAAUAAACUUGAACUAAAGGCAGAUAAGUCAAUCACAUUUAAAGCUGAAGACAAGAGGGAAGGGUCAGUUGAAAUAGAUCAUGGUCAAGAACAAGUUCUAGUUGAAUCAAAGAAAGCCAUUGAUAGUAAUGUUGAAGAUUCUUUAAAAGAUAUAGAUAAGUUUUUAGAAGAAGCAGAUGAUGUUGAUUAUGGUGAUAUUUCAAUGGAUGAUUGA